AUGACGACCCUUGAGGGUUCUAGCUUCGAACCAAACCAGCUUUUGCUACACCUGUCGGAACUCGACGAUGUCCGAAUAUUGGCCCAAAUCACUGAAUAUCAAAGUUGCAAGACAUCUACGCCCCUAUCCGGCGCCCAAUUACUGCGCUCUCAAGGCACCGCCUCGCCAGAAGAUACCCGCUAUUAUCAACGUCGGAUAGGAUCCUGUAUCUACGCUGCGGUGAUGACUCGGCUAGAUAUCGCCUUCGUAGUUGGCAAGCUUGCUACCUUUAUGGUCAGCACAUCUGAACGCCAUUCCGCAGGUAUUGCCUAUCUACGAAAUACGAAGAAUCUAGCUAUCCAAUAUGGCGGAGCAGAUACCGAUGCCCUAUCGAUGAAUAUAGUAGAAGUAGCAAGUGGUGCCUCUUUUGCGGAUAAUUCAGAUAGAAGAUCAACUGAAAGUUAUGGGCGCAGUGGGUUGGAAAUCAAAAAAGGCAACAGGUGA